CAAGCCGCGUUCUCGUAGUGUUAUUUGGCAGUUGUCAGCCGUCAGUCCACGUGACUGGUGGAUAUUAAAUCAAAGGUCCGCUGCGCUAUCACUCGUGAUAUAAUUAUAGUCAAGAACACUAGAUCCUCUGCAGAAGUAAGAUAUGGAUGUCAUAUUCGUAUGGAUUGUAACAUUCGUUGUGGGAUUUUGGAUAUUUAAAAAGAUCAAUCAAUGGAAGGAUCUACCACCGGGGCCAUGGGGUCUACCUAUCGUGGGUUACCUGCCUUACCUUGACCGACAUCACCCUCAUUUGACCCUCUCCGCAAUAUCCAAGCGCUAUGGUCCCAUCUAUGGCUUGCAAAUGGGGAGUAUAUACACUGUAGUGUUGUCUGAUCACCGCUUAAUAAGAGAAGCCUUCUCUAAGGAUGUGUUCUCAGGGCGCGCGCCGUUAUAUUUAACGCACGGUAUUAUGAAGGGAAAUGGGCUCAUUUGUGCCGAGGGAGCUUUGUGGAAGGACCAGCGUAAGCUAGUGACGUCAUGGCUCAAAAGCUUCGGUAUGAGCAAACAUGGCGCCAUUCGCGAGAAGUUGGCGAAACGGAUUUCAAGCGGAGUGCACGAGCUAAUACAAAAUGUCAGAGACGCUCGCGGGUCACCAAUACCUCUGCCGAAUAUGAUUUCCAAUUCAUUGGGCAAUGUGGUUAAUGAUAUAAUUUUUGGAUUUAAAUUUCCACUGGAUGACAAAACUUGGAAGUGGUUCAGACAAAUCCAAGAAGAGGGAUGUCAUGAAAUGGGUGUAGCAGGCGUUGUUAAUUUUUUACCUUUUAUACGAUUAAUAUCUCCAUCCACUCAAAAAACUAUGAAAGUGCUUGUCCGCGGCCAAGCUCAAACACAUAGACUAUACGCGAGUAUUAUCGCAAAACGUCGAAAGAUGCUGGGCUUACAAGUGCCACCAAAAGCUGUACAUAUAGAACAUGAAAAUAUAUUCAAUGAUCAUCCCGAAGGAUUCAUAAAAUGUAUCAAAUAUAGUAAACAUGCAUCAAAUACUGAAGUUCAUUAUUUUGACCCCAAAGUUCUGAUACCCUCGAAUGAUGAAUGCAUCAUGGAUAGUUUUCUGGCGGAACAAAAGAGAAGAUACGAGAAUGGAGAGGAGAACGCUUAUUUUAUGAGAGACGAGCAAAUGCAUUAUCUUCUAGCAGACAUGUUCGGUGCAGGCUUGGACACUACUGCUGUUACAUUUUCGUGGGUCUUAUUAUACAUGUCCCUGUAUACUGAAGUCCAAGAAAAAGUGCGAGAAGAAAUAUUAUCCGUAUACCCGGAAGAAUGUGAAGUGGAUAGUGCAAAACUGCCUUAUCUCACGGCAGUCAUCUGUGAGACUCAACGCAUCAGAUCUAUCGUACCUGUUGGUAUACCUCAUGGAUGCUUACAAGAUACUUUCUUGGGAAAUUAUCGAAUACCAAAGGGAACAAUGGUAGUACCAUUGCAGUGGGCAGUUCACAUGGAUCCAGACGUGUGGGAAGAUCCCGAGAGCUUCAAUCCAAACCGAUUUAUUGAUGACCGAGGAGAAUUGUUGAAGCCCCAGGAGUUUAUACCUUUUCAAACUGGUAAAAGAAUGUGCCCUGGAGAUGAGCUAUCGCGUAUGUUGACAGUAGGCUUGAUAACUCGACUUCUGCGUGACUUUAGAAUUCGUUUAUCGUCAGAUCCACCGACCGCUGAGGAAAUGAAGGGUGAAGUUGGCAUUGUCCUGACCCCACCAAAAGUCCUAUAUAUUUGCGAACCUAUCACUUAAACGCUGAAAAUAGGUAUUUAAAAUCAAUUUUCAAGAAAUAUACAAAAAGCGGGUGCAUUAUGCAUUUUUUUUAAAGUGUAGAUAAAGUAGUUAUUAAAUUUUUUUUAUAAAAUUAAAGGUUUUUAUAAAAAAU